AAUAAUAUUUGCCUCUUCAAGUACUGUCCUCUCGAAUUCUUAUUCCUCCAUUCCACGUCACUCAUUCACUCUUCUUCAAUCUUCAUCAAAGAACAGGACUCAUCGGACUUCAUCCAUCCGUUCCAUACCAUUCUUCCCGCUGUUUAAUUUAUAGCCCUCCUCCUCCUCCUCCUCCUCUUCUUCUUCUUUCGUCUUCUAUCUAUUGCUACGCGAUGUCUCUUAUAAACGCCAUUACAGCGGCAGCCGGCGCUACCACUGCCACUGUCACUUCCCGUUCCCGUUCCCGUUCCACUUCCAGCAGAGCUCCUACUCUUCUUCUUCUUCUUCCAGCUGGAUUGACUCGAUUUAGAUGCUCCAAUUCAACCCCUAGGCGCGGCUUCGGAGCCAGAAGCAGAAAGACCAGCAAGGUCCCCGAGGAUGAGAACGAACCUCCUCCUCCUAUUCCUCCUGCCCUGCAGAAAAGGAAAUCCCCACUGAAGCAGUCUGGUCCUUUACCCACUCAAGCACCUGGUUUGAGCUCCCAAUAUAGUGGAAAUUACGGCACAACCACUGGAGACCUUGAGUUUGAGGAGCGGCUCAAAGCGGUUAGGAGGUCAGCGGUUGAGCAGAAGAAAGCAGAUGAGAUGAAAGAAUUUGGAGUGAUUGACUAUGAUGCUCCAACCGAUACAGAGGGAAAAACCAUUGGAGUAGGUACUAAGAUUGGUAUUGGAGUAGCUGUUGUGGUGUUCGGUUUGGUUUUUGCUCUGGGAGACUAUCUUCCUUCUGUAAGUGAUAGCCCCUCAGAAAAAGUCCCAGUGUCAAGAAAGGAUCUCCCAGAGGGAGAAAAAGCUAUUCUUCAGAGUAGGCUGAAACAGUUUGAGGCAGCACUUGUUGCGUCCCCUAAAGAUCCAACUGCCCUUGAAGGAGCUGCAGUUACCCUGGCAGAAUUAGGAGAGUAUACUAAGGCUGCGUCUAGGCUUGAAAAUUUGAUUGAGAAAAAACCGAAUGAUCCUGAUGUUUAUCGUGUGCUUGGGGAAGUAAGAACUGAGCUCCAGGAUUAUGAGGGGAGUGUGGCGGCAUACAAGAAAUCUUCAGCACUGUCAAAAGAGGUGAAUUUUGAAGUUCUACGUGGUCUCACAGACGCAUUGCUUGCUGCAAAAAGGCCAGAUGAGGCUGUUCAAGUAAUUCUCGCUUCUCGCGACCUCCUGAGUUCAAAGCAGUCAGGUGGUGUUAAAGCUGGGAAUAAUAUGUCGGGAACAGAAAAACAGAUGUUGGACCCAGUACAAAUUGAUCUACUCCUAGGGAAAGCAUAUUCAGAAUGGGGCCAUGUGAGUGAUGCAGUAUCUGUCUAUGAUAGACUCAUCUCAAGUCACCCAGACGAUUUUCGGGGUUACUUGGCAAAGGGAAUUAUAUUAAAAGAAAAUGGAAAUGCUGGAGAUGCAGAGAGGAUGUUUAUACAGGCUCGUUUUUUUGCACCAGAGAAAGCGAAGGCACUGGUGGACCGUUAUUCAAGAAGAUGAGCAAGGGCAUUAGCUGGUAUAACUUACUGUUAAUUGGAUCUGAUCCUCUUCAACAUAACGUGACAGCAUUUUCUUCCAAGCUGUGAGAUGCCUAGAUGGGCAAUUAUUUGUGGGCAGAUAUCGUCCUCGGUUCCUUGACAUCCCUCUGUACGCAUGGGGUUCAAGGUGAUGUGAGGAUCUGGAACUGUGUAUGGCCUACCAAAAAUAUUUGGUCCGUAGCACCGACCAACUAUUUGAGGAUCAAUACGUAUUGUUGCCCUUCCUCCUUCAGCAA